AUGGAUCUUAAGGGCUCUCUUGUUGAUACACACCUCAGAAUAUAUCCCACUAAAUCAUUUGUUAAUUUUUUAAAAACAAUUCCUGUGACAAAAGAAGUUCCUUCAAAUAUUGUUCAUUUAAUUAAUGAUGAAAAUAAAUGUACCGUUACUUACAUUGAAAAUGUUGAUACAACAACUAUUCAGCUAACAGACAAAGAUUAUGAACAUUUAAAAAAAGUUAAAGAGGCCAUGGGUAAAUUAAAUCCAGAAGAAGAUAGUCCUGAAUCUGAAUUAAAAACUAAGGAAAAUGAUGAUAAUAUGGUAGAAGAUUCAAAUAAGGACUCAAAAGGUGACAAUGAUGUUGAAGAUUCUGAAGAUGCUAGUGACAAGGAGGAGUCCCAAGUUAAGCCUGAGAAAGAAGUACUUAAAGAAGAAAAUAAGAAAUUCCUUAUUACUUCUGACUUAGACUGGCUUUAUGUUUACAUGAAAGGUAAAAGGCAGAAGGGAGAAGAUAUUCCAUAUUUGCAUGAGCUAUUAGAAGGUGCUGAUAUCAAAAUGCCUGAUAAUCAAAUUCUAAAAAGAAAUCCUGAUCUAGAAGCAAGGUGUGUGAAAUUGAGAGCGCAGCAAGAGGCUCGUGAAUAUAGAAAAAUGACUAAAGGUGUUGAUAAUGUAAGAAUAAGAUUUCCGGAAGAUAGUAUUUCAUAUCAAAUGAAACAGCUAAACCGGCACUUAAUUGCCAUCGGUCAAUUUUUACUCUCAAUAUUUGCUGGAUUUCUCUUUGGAUUCCGAGGCGUUGAAUGGAUGGUUGGAAAUUUAGAUUUUGGAUUCCGAUUGUUACUUGGUGUCAUGUGUGCACUGGUUAUAGCUCUUGCUGAAAUAUAUUUCUUAGCCAAGAAACUAAAUGAGGAAUUGUCUAUACCAGAAACUGUUCAGCUUGGUGGCCCUGCUAAGUUUGCUUCUGACGUUAGUAAUUAUAUAUCUAAUGCGGUUACAACUGCGGAUAAAGAACAUAAGGAUUAAGUUUAUUCCAACAUUAUGUAGAACCUAAUAUAUUAUAGCAAUUAUUAGCCUAUUUAAGUGUUAUUGUUUCUAUAAUGCAAUUAGAGUUAUUAUUUCGUUGGUCAAGUAUAAUUAUUAAUAAAUAAUUUCAGUUAUA